GUAAUAACGAAAAGAUGAGAUCGAAUAAAUUUACAUUGGAAGCCAACAAAGAGGCACGAAAAAUCAUUUGGACGUCAUCGCUAGCUUGUAUGACUCAUGCAAAUGGAGCACUAAUCAUAUAUAAUCCUCCUCAAUGUAGAAAGCAUUUCGUAUAAACCACUCAAUUAUCCAGCUGACUCUGAAUCACCGUUAACUUUUCUUGAAUUUAACAACAUACAAUUUUAGUAUAUGUUUUUUUUUCUUUUUGUAUGCAUAUGUUGUAAUACAUCUUUUUGGCCCGGAUCAAUGUUAUUUUUCUUUAUAUUUAUUAAAACAUAAGAAAGUUAAUUUUUAUGAUUAUUUGGCAGUUGCUGAUUUUUUUCUUUGUUACUGACUAAUAAUAAAUUAUUAAAAUAUUUUUAGACCAUCUUCAAUCCAUUUUAAUUUUUUUUAUUGAAAUUAGAAUGUUAUAUAGGUAGAAUUCAACCCAAUAUCUCUCUCUAUUUUUUUUUUGACAACCUAUAUUUCUCUAUUCUAAAAGUGUUAUUUUAGUCUCUACAAGAACUUUUAAAUUCAAAUAAAUACCCUAACUACAUAUAUGAGAUCUUUAUUUAUACAAUUUCAGUGAUUAUGAAUUAUGAAUUUUACUUUUCUUUCUUUUGGAAUUUUACAAAUAAUCACAGUUAUAUUUGUAAUUUAAAUAAUCCAAUCAGCUUUCUGAAUUUAUGGUUUAAAAAUACCCAUGAUACUAAUUUUAAUAAUUCAACCAGUUUGGUUAAUCAAGCGAUAAACCAAACCCUUGAUUCAAUAUUACAGAAACGUGUUUUUUUUUUCAAAGGCAAAUUGGUUGCUUGAAGCUUGAGAAAGACAUUCAUGCAUGCGUGCUACUUCCAUUCAUUCACAAGCUCCACCUAAACCCAUGAAUAAAACGGAAACCGAAAAAUAGUUCAGAAAGACAAUUAAUUUUCAGUUAUUUUUUGAGAAAACGCCAAUUUGGGAUAUUUUAGUAAUCAACAAGAAGAAAAGUUAAAUAAAGUGCCAUAAAUAUCAAAUGAUACAAAAUCACCCGUUGUUUCGUGUGUCCUAUGCCCUAAAAGAGAGCACAUGUGUUGCAAGUAAACUUCAUUCUCGAACCGUUUCUCACCUUUCUGUUUAAAACAUCUCUCUCGUAAUAUAUAGUUUUGUUUGUAUGUAUAUUUGUAUAUAUACAUUUAAUUCACAUAUGUAUACAUUUGCGACUAUAAAUAUAAAGGUCGAAUGGAAAGAAAGAUAUAUUUGUGGGAACUAAUAAUUAAAUGCUCUAAAGAACCCACCUCUCUCUCUCUCUUUUUCUUAACUUGGUUUCUCGAACUAUAAUUAUUGACUAGUAAUAGUAAGAGAAAAAAAUAUAGAGUAUAAACAUAAUUUUUUGAAGAAUAUAUUAAAAGAGAAGAUGGUUAAAUCGAGAGACUUGUUGCCGUCCUUGGCUAUGGUGUUGGUGCAAAUCGGCUACGCAGGCAUGAACAUAACGUCGAAGAUGGCUAUGGAAUCCGGCAUGAAGCCUCUCAUUCUUGUCGCUUACCGCCAAAUCUUUGCCACUAUCGCCACCUUUCCCGUCGCAUUUUUCCUUGAACGUAAGACAAGACCGAAGAUCACACUAAGGGUUCUUGUCCAAAUCUUCUUCUGCUCUAUCACCGGUGUGACCGGUAACCAAGUGCUCUACUUCAUAGGACUUCAAAAUUCAUCUCCCACCAUUGCUUGUGCCUUAACUAACCUCUUGCCGGCGGUCACUUUCCUACUCGCCGCAAUCUUCAGACAAGAAGCUGUAGGGAUUAGGAAGGCAUCAGGACAAGCCAAAGUGAUAGGGACAGUAGUAUGUGUGGCCGGAGCCAUGGUUCUCUCCUUCUACCAUGGUCACACCAUUGGCAUCGGAGAGUCCAAGAUCCAUUGGGCAUAUGCUCAAAACAUCACUAACCAUGGUUCUGAUUCCAAUGGUUCUAACUUCUUCUUGGGGCCUUUCAUGAUCAUGGCUGCUGCCGUUUCUUGGGCCGUUUGGUUCAUUAUUCAGACGAAAAUGAGUGAAACAUUUGCAGCACCAUACACGAGCACACUUCUAAUGUGUUUGAUGGGAAGUAUCGAAUGUGGAGGCAUCGCUUUGAUCUCUGAUCACAAACUCGCUGAUUGGUCUCUCAGCUCUCCUCUCCGCCUCAUCUCCGCCCUUUACGCCGGAGUGGUGGCGUCUGCGUUAGCGUUCUGCUUAAUGUCAUGGGCGAUACAGAUAAAAGGUCCUCUCUACGUCUCUGUCUUCAGCCCAUUACUGCUCGUAGUUGUAGCCGUUUUCAGCUGGACUCUUCUUGAAGAGAAACUCUACACCGGCACGUUUAUGGGAUCAGCACUUGUGGUUAUUGGGCUGUAUGGCGUUUUGUGGGGGAAAGACAGAGAGAUGAAUGAGAAUCAAGACGAAGAAGAGAACCAAAAGAAGGUGAAACAAGAACAGAAAGUCAAAACUGUUGUUAACGAAGAUAUUGAAUCGAGAUUGCCUGCGGUAGGAGGAGGAGCAGCAGCAGCAUCAGGUAGUGGCAACGGUGCCACGAGACUUGUAUCGCCUUAAAAUGUUGAUGCUUCUUUGUCAUAUAAGUAUGAGCUAUUAAGUCAACUAAACUGGAUAUCCAUGCCUUUUUUUGUUAUAAAGCAUAUUUAAGUUACUUUACUGGUUGAUUUUGAA